AUAUUUUAAAUACUCAAAUACUAAUAAUAUUUCAGUUCCAGACCGUUUUCCAACAAAUAAAAGAAGGUAUGAUAUUAAGUUUCUACAGUCACAGCAGAGAGACACCCAGCAUUGAAAACAAGACCCUGACACUCAGAAGCUGUGUGGGAUUCACACCUUUUAAAAGUUGCUGGUGUGGGAUGAUCAGUAGAGAAGAUGGAAAAGAAAAAUGCAGACCAGGAAACUGUUUCAGGUGCAUCAGGAAUCCUCAGUGUUUCAGAGAGUUUUGGCAGUUUCGGCCGUGACUACAAGGGUAUAAUCCCUGCACGUGAUGCCAAGUCCCUGAGUUGGGGUAGACCUGAUCUCAGCAACCCUAAGAUUCCUGGUUUGCUGAGAAGAGUUUUGAAGGGGUCUGAUAGAAAGUCCAGACAUCAAGAGGUUGGUGAAUGGAGCCUGGAAGAGUGUCGACAGUCCAUCAUGGAGCUGGCAAAGGAGAUGAACAGAGUCUUGAAGAACUCUGCCAUACCUACCCCUGUGUCCAGUGAGGAUACGUGCAGCCUGGAAGAGUGUCGCUGCUUCAUCAUGAAAUGGGCUGACGAGUUGGACAAGCUGGUCCAGCAAAGUCAGAGUGCUGGGCAGGUUGAGACAAGAAAAGGAGCAGAGCUGAAAAACAAAGAGGAUCUUCCAGGACCAGAGGGGGAGGAGCUGAGUGAGGGGGCGGGGCACAACCAGGGGGAGGAGCUGAACCAAGAGGAGGAGCAAAGACUGAAGGACGGUCACGACAUCAUCAUGCAGUGGGCAAGAGAGCUGAAGACAGUGCCAGAGAACUCUGUCUCAGCGGGGGAGGCUGUGGAACAGGGUGUUGCAGAGCUGGUGAAGGAGUGGAAACGAGGCAAGCUGAGUAACAUCUUACCCAUCAUGGAGUUCAUCAUGUGGGCCCUGAUCAAGGAGGAGGCAGACAAGGGAAUGCUGAAAUCUCAGAAUAUUGGUGCUGGGAGAUGCAUCCCUGAUUCAGCCUGGCAGUGGAUUCACAAGGCAUCAGUUGAUGUGACUCUGAACCCUGAUACAGCACACCCCGAGCUCAUCCUGUCUGCGGAGGGGAAACGAGUGAGACGGGGAGAGACACGGCAGGAUCUCCCUGACACUCCAGAGAGAUUUGAUGUCUGGCUCUGUGUGCUGGGCAGGGAGAGCUUCACCUCAGGGAGACGCUACUGGCAGGUGCAGGUGGGGGAGAAUACAUACUGGAGAUUAGGAGUCAGCAGAGAGUCUGUCGAGAGGAAGGGGGGGUUCAGCAUGACCCCCCAGCAGGGUUACUGGACAGUGAGGUGGUGGAGUGGAUACGGGUUCACUGCUCUCACUUACCCCCAGAACCCCCUCCCCUGGAGCCUGAAGCCCCAGAAGCUGGGGGUGUAUCUGGAUUAUGAGGAAGGGCAGCUCUCCUUUUACAAUGUGGAGACCAGAUCUCACAUCUACACUUUCACUGACAUGGAGUUCAAGCCCAAUGAGAAACUCUAUCCAUUCUUCUGUACUUACAGUUAUACAGACCUUGUGCUGGAGUCCCCUGACCCUGACCCUGUCAGCGCUGCAGAUUAAACACACAUUGCUGUCUGAACCAGGAAACUAUUCAAACAGCUCAGACAAUCUCCUCUUCACUUUCACUGACACUCUCUCUGCACUCUUCUGGGCUGAUGAGAAGAAAUCCUCUCUCUUCCACCCUCUUACCCUGAGCCCCUCCUCUUUAUUUCUCUACACCCCCUUUCCUACUCUCCCUUCCUGUCUCCCUCUCUCUUUACCUCCACCUCUCCAUCUCCAGAUCCCUCUUUCUCUCCUCUUCUGCUCUCCUCUCUCCCUCCCCUAUGGCUCUCCCCUCUUUCUCUCUCCCCCUUCCCUCUGAUAUGUUAAUUCCCUCCCUUUCCCACGCCCUCUCUCCUCCCUGCCUUCUCUACUCUCCCUCUCUCCACCCUCUCCCUCUCUCCUCCCUGCCCCCUCUAAUUUUGUACUGUGAUAUUUUGUAACAGCUGUAUGUCUCGCUGGAUAAGGGUGUCUGCUAAGAAAUAAAUAAUGAUAAAAGACUUUCUAGACAAUAGAUGAAUGCAUUAUUUUCCACGUAAUCAAUAUUUACACUGAAGCUGAGAUGCUCCCUGAAUAUUAUUCAUUGCUAAACUCAGUGAACUGAUUUCUGCUAUUUUGAUAUGAAUCUUCUGUUCUGUUUUUGUAGCGCAUCUAUUUUCUAUCUUUCUUGAUAAAAUGUAUAAAAGAUAUAA